AAAACUCAUUUUAAGCUGUCGUGUGUGUGUGAAGAAACAUCUCAGGUCGCAUUCCCUUUUGUCUCUCAGGAAGGUUGGUGCCAAAUCGUUACAUAUUUUUGCCUUAAAACCAAAGAUAAAAAAGUGUGAGAAAUUGGAACAGAUUUUUCUCUGAAUAACGUAUACGUAGAAAGGAUCUUUUCCAUCCAAGUGCAUCAUUUUCUUUGAGAUAAACGGAAAGAACGACAAUGGCCGGACGACCAAGGAGAACCCGUCUUUACGAUUGCAAUUACAACAUAGGACAGAGCUAUUAUCGUCCAGCAUUGGAUCAGCUGGAUAGAAAAUUAUAUGGAAAACCAGACCUUAGUGCAGAUCGUGUGAAGCCAAGAAUCAACGUUGAUGACUUCUUCGAUGAGGAUCUCAAGUCUGCACGUCGCCGGGCAGAAAAAGUUAUUGCUGAAGACGGUAUUUUUGAUGCUAAGGAUAUGAAAUUGGGAAAGCCCUUUCCCACUCCCAAUGAAGAGUUUGAUGAAGAGAUUCAGUCAACGCUCAAUCGGAUUCGUGCCAGCAAAAAAUUAGUGGCUUCAGGAAUUGAUGAUGAUUUUGAGGAUACACUGAGCACGGUGAAACGUCGAGGAAAGAUUGAUUUGGGUGAAAAGCUUCUGGAUGCGGCAGGUGAUGACGAACUUGUGGGAGGAACGAUUCGUCGUCGAGCACUCAAGAUGGUAUCCCGUGCUUCAGCAGACGAUACUCACAAUUUAGGGAGCUUGACAAAAUGGUCAGCAAUAACAGAUGUGGACUCGGCUAAUUCAGCCGCGGCUCAGCGUGUCAAAGCUACAAAAGCUCGCCUCGUUGAUAUUGAAUCAGAGAUGCAAGAUCGUUCUGACAGGCAAGCAGCUCGAGAGCGUCGGGUUGCUAAUUUAAAGAAAAUUCUUGCAGAUAGUGAUGAAGAGGGUACGCAUAUAGCAAGGGCUCUGACAUAUUCAGCCACCAAAGCAGAGAAAAAAGUAACAUUUUAGACGCAAUAAUGCCAUUUGAAAUGAAAAGGGGGGCUGCUAUAAGCAAUACAAUAAUACAUGGAAUUUUUCAUUUUUCUUCCUUCUUGCAAUAUCAUAUUCUAGGUUUCCUAAGAACCCAAAACCACGUAACUCCUUUCUGUAUAUGAAAACCGUAAUAAACAUUGUAAACAUGUAUGAAUAAUAAAUAUUUGAAAAUAUUCGUCAUAAA